AUGGACAUCUCACACCCCAACAACCCUCCCAACUGGCUCCCGAAGAGCAACUAUAAGGCGACAAAGCACGACCCAGACUUCAAGCACCCCCUCGAGCCGUCUUGCAUCCCCGACGGCCUCUCUUCCGACACCAUCUGCAAGUACCCCGGCACCUUCAGCACUGUCGUGGCGCUCACCUCGACCGUGCAGAAGACUGUCAGCAUCGAGCAUAUGAAGAAACUGCUGUACUUCAAGCACCUCCCCGAUAUCAAGGUCAACAAGUCAGUCGUCGUCCCGCAGGAGAAGCCAAGGAGCAAGCCGAGGGUGAGCGCUAAGGGGAAGGUCACCAAGCCGACUGCGCCAAAAAGAGCGAAGAAGACCGCCGCUACUACUCCUGCCAUGAAGAAGAUCUUGGAGGAGCUCGAGGAGGGUGCGCCAGUGUCUGCGCUCGCUACUGUCAUGGCUACCAAAGCCACUGCGCCAAAACGAGCGACCAAGACCGCCGCCGCUGCUGCUGCUGCUGCUGCUGCUGCUACUAAAUCAUCUGAGGUCGAGGAGACUGCGCCUGUCCCUCCUUUGACACUCUCCGCAGCCAUGGCCAGUGAGGAUACCGCGCCGAAAUCCGCCACUGUCGAAGCCACUCCUCCCAGGGCGUUCCUUGCGCCUACAGCCAGUACGGGAGCGGCAGGUCUCGGAGGCGAAAUCGUGGCUAGGGCUCCUGUCAGGGCGUUCGAUUGCGCUAAGCCGUGUCUGCUGCAUCUUGCGGACAACGGCGUGCAGAGGGUACGCAUCAGUGGCGCGACGUCCGAAGAGACGGAGAAAAACAGCGAGUUGCAGGCUAUGGGACGGCUGGGUGGGUGCAAUAAGCUGGUCUUCUUCGAUGUGAAGGAUGGGGAGAUCAGGGGCGUUAGGGUGGAUGGGGAAAUGUAUGUGCGUGUGACAGAAGUGGUGAUUGACUAG